AUAUUUUAAUCGCAGAUUAAAAUGACUGAAAAGGGAUUGAUAACAAUAAUUUAUCAAGAAACAAGCGAGUUACCAAUACAUGAAAUUAAAAAUGUGGAAAGUUCAGAAGUAUUAGAUUAUUGGACUUGGGAAGAUUUUAACAUCAGUAUUUUUGGAUCAGACUUGUACAUAUUGGUUCACAAAUACUACGGAGGAGUUGAAUUAUUGGACGCUAAAUACGAUUUAUUUAAAACAGUCCGAUGGUUCAGUAUCGGAAGUGAAAGAAUUGCACACUGGACUCUAUACUGCACUCCUGAAUCUAAAGAUUUAUCAGAAGAAACAUCACCGCCAAAUUGUAUCGCAAGUAAAGAAGAAAAAUAUGAAGGGUCGCAAUGGUUUACUAAAAACUUUUUUCCAUGUGUACUUUGGUCAUCAGAUAUGGUUCCGAAUGAUCAAAAAAAGGAUGAUUUAUUUUCAGACGGAUCUGUAUUUAACGCGACGAAUAAAUGUCGAAAAAUAAGUUUCGAUGCAAAAACUCCGUAUUGUUACGCUCUAUGGGAUUCAACAGCCACAACUGCAUAUAAGUCCGAUUGUUUGAUUCCAGCUUGUCGGUCAGCUUCAUGCCGAGUUGUUGGAACCGCAAAUGAUUAUAUUGGAACACUAUCUGAAACACGAUCGGGUCGUCGCUGCGCGCUUUGGCUUGAAGCUGCAAAAAAAGCGGAAAAAAAGUACCUAAAUGACACCCUUUAUCCCGAACAAAGUGUGAAAGAUGCCAGCAAUUAUUGUCGCAACCCUUCUCAGAGUGCUGCUGGUACUUGGUGUUAUACUACAGAUCCCCUGGUUUCUCGAGAUUUGUGUCAAGUUAAAGAUUGUGGUUUACCAGGAGAAUAUAUUUUUCUAAUAAAAGGGGACAAUAUUGGUAGACAGAUGUAUAUUUUACCAAAAUAUCGAGUUGAGGGUAUAAAAAUAAAUGUUAAAAUUUGGAUACCUGAUGAUCCGGAUUUCAUUAUAAUAGUAUUUGAUGCAGAUGAUGGACUAAAUUCGAGUUACAAGUUAAUUAUUGGUGCUGAAAAUAAUUCAAAGAUUCUACUGUAUUAUAAAUCUGAAGAAAAAGAUUAUGAAUUGGUAAAAGAACAAAUUUCGGUUCAUAUACUAUUCAUCGCAAGAUGGAGUGAAUUUAUAAUAAAAAUACCGCGGGGAAAAGUUCAAAUUUAUCGAGACGCAACUAGUCUACUAUUUGAGUGGGAGCAUGAAGAUCCAUUAAAAUCUUUUUUGCCAAUUUAUUAUUAUUUUUCAACAGAAAAAAAUUUAAUGGCACUAUCAUAUGAUUGCGUAUCUACAUGUCACGUUGAAAUUACGACAACAAAUAAAAUCGAAAAAUUUUUUCCUAUUUUUAGUGAAGAUGAUACUAAUUAUAUGCACCCUCAAAAACUUGAAUUUAUGAUAAGAUCUAAUGGAGAUGUUCAAAUACCGCUGAUUUUAUUUCCUGAAGACUUUGAUUAUUACGUAUUGAAGAUUGGCCAAUCGACGUCAACAAUCACACUUUUCAACUCUUACAUGACAUUUUUAUUCCAAAUCGUUGAAAAUAAAUCUCCCGUUGAGCAAUUACUGUCGGAAAAGGAAUGGAACAAUAUAACUAUAUCAUGGGUCAACCGGACAAUGCAAGUUUUUUGGAACACUGUUAAACUCCUUGAUUACGAGCACACGCAUCCAUUUGUAUUUUAUUUCUUCUCAGUUAAACUCAGAACUGGCUUCGCAAAGUGGACGGUAAAUUGUUUACCUCCAGUUACAGGUAAAAUUAAUGGAAUUGAAUGCGUUAAUUCUUCAGGAAUUGUUGAUAAAUUAGAUAAAACUCAUAUUAAUAAUCCAUCACCUUCAGAAUCAGGCAUAGAUUACCCUCUAGAUCUUUGGUACCUCAUAUCAGAGCAUAUAAAACCAGAAGACGUUAGUAAAUUCUCAGUUAUCUGUAAAAGCUCGUAUUAUGUAACAAGAACUGGUAAAUUUUGGUUUCACCUUUAUAAAAGGUAUUAUAAACCUCUACCAUAUUUACCAGAAAGACUAAGACCUGAAUGUAUGGUACUACUGCAUGGCAUUCGAGCAUGUGUAAUCAGAACAUUACAUUUUACCUAUUUUUCUUCUCUAGAAAAGGUUAAUAAAAAUCCAUAUUUAGAACAGAAGGAACCACAUUCUUUGGUUAAGAGACGAUGUUGUCUUAUGUGGCACAAGAAAAGAGAAAAUCAUUGGUUUUAUUAUUUCAAACUCAAAGAUAUUUCUAAUAAUGUUAAUAACACAAAAAACAAUUGUAUUAGUAACAUAAUCAAUGAAGAAUUUCAUGAGAAUAAUAUGCUUGAGGAAGUUGCAAUAAAUCCUGAAAAUAAUUGUCGUAUACUCAGAGUGACCUGUUUAAAUUAUGGAAUGAUACCAUUGGUAAACAGUCUGAUUCUUCAAUCUGUUAAAAUGGACCUAUCACCCGGUUUCAAACAUCAUCGGCUUCAUUUAAAUUUUUCAAGCAAUUACAGCUCUAAAGUACCAACUCACGUAGUUAUACUAAGCGGAGUUGUUGACUGCAAAGUCAUUGAUUGGUGGCAUCCAUGUUACCCUCAUCAUGAUAGAGUGAUUGAUAUUCCUCUGCCAACAGUUGAAUCUUGGGACUCUUGAAAAAGUCUAUUUUUACAGAUUUUUUUUUUUUCACAUAAGUCUCACUUCGAAAG